AUGUUGUUUUCUCCCUGGGUUGAUACCCUCGCUUGUCUGCUCGCCUUUGGAGUGUCGGACAUUGGUGCCACUGUCAUCAGACAAGGAUAUUCACAUGGACUUCCUUCAUCUCCCGAGCUUCCUCACGCUGGACAUCAUGGCUCUAACAUGACCAGACUGCAUGGAGGUGUUGCCUCGGAAAGCACCAUCUGUUCUGGCAUUGGACGCGACCUGCUUCUGAGAGGAGGAACAGCUGCUGAUGCAAUGGUCGGAACUACGUUCUGCGUUGGCGUGAUUGGCAUGUAUCAUUCUGGAGUUGGUGGUGGCGGCUUUAUGCUGGUCAGAGGUGCCGAUGGAGAGUAUGAGUUCAUUGACUUUCGCGAAACGGCACCUGCGGCCGCCUUCCAAGAUAUGUACAAGAACAACACGAAUGCAAGCAUCUAUGGGGGCUUAGCAAGACUACCAUGGAAAGACGUAAUGCAAGGCGCAAUCAAGACUGCUCGCUAUGGGUUUCCUGUCACAGCAGAUCUGGUCCGUUACAUGGCCUCUGCCACAGCAGGUGCGACGACCAACUUCCUUGUCGAUGAUCCGAAUUGGGCUAUCGAUUUUGCACCCAACGGCACUCUGUUGCGACUCAACGACACGAUCACUCGUCAACGCUAUGCUUCGACUCUGGAAGCCAUUGCAGAGCGUGGUCCUGACGCAUUUUACACUGGUCCCAUUGCUGAAGCCAUGAUUGACACGCUGCAAGCAGCCAAUGGCACAAUGACCAUGGAGGAUCUGAAGAACUACACCGUUGCGAUCCGUGAUCCUGUCGAAAUCGACUACAGAGGAUACAAGCUCAAGAGUGUGAGUGCUCCAGCAUCAGGCGGCGUGGUACUGUCCAUCCUGAAGAUCGUGGAGGGUUACGACACCAUGGGUGAAGAAGCGUACCUGAAUCUCAGCACUCAUCAUCUUGAUGAAGCAACACGCUUCGGAUAUGGCUUCCGUGCCUCGAUGGGAGACCCUCUGUUCGUCGAAGGUAUGGACGAGUAUCAAGCCGAGAUAAUCAACGCAACCACAGCAGCAAAUGUCCGUCAUCUCAUCUCGGAUACGCACACCCUCAAUGUAUCGGCAUAUGAUCCUGCCAAUCUGGAGAUCAAAGAUACACCCGGAACCUCGCAGGUAGUCACUGCCGACAGCUCUGGCAUGGCGAUCUCGCUCACCACGACUGUCAAUCUUUUGUUUGGUAGCCAGCUCAUCGUUCCAUCAACUGGAGUGAUCUUGAACAACGAGAUGAACGACUUUUCGAUCCCAGGAACAAAGAACGCGUUUGGCCUUGAUCCUUCAGAAAGCAAUUUCGUGCGUCCCGGAAAGAGACCGAUGUCCUCGAUUGCUUGCACGAUCGCCGAAUACCCUGACGGCUCUCUCUACUUUGUCACGGGCUCUGCAGGAGGUAGUAGAAUCAUCACCGCAACGUUGCAGACAUUGUGGCAUGUUUUGGACCAGAACAUGACUGCUGCCGAAGCGUUGGCAGCACCUCGUCUGCAUGACCAGCUUUCUCCCAACUAUGUGAGCUUCGAAUAUGCAUACGACAAUGCGACUGUGGAUUACAUGAAGAGUCUGGGGCACAACGUCACUUGGGUAGCCCCUGGGCAGAGCACGGCACAGUGUUUGCGAGUAUUGAGCAAUGGCACGUUUGACGUCGCCAGUGAGCCUCGGCAGCUGAACUCGGGUGCAUAUGCUGUGUAA